AUGCAAAAAGGUCUUCAAAGCAUUCAACAUCGAGGCCCAGACAGUUCUCAUAUUUGGAUUGACCAUAAGAGAGGAGGAAAAGUUGCUUUGGGUCACGUUCGACUCUCCAUUAUUGAUCUCACUGGUGGUGAUCAACCUCUCUCGAAUGAAGACAAUACCAUUCACGUGGUUGUGAAUGGAGAACUCUAUGAUUAUGAAAGAAUUCGUUCCGACCUCAUGCAUCGAUGUGGCUACAAGUUUAAAACACAUUCUGACAGUGAGAUUGUUUUGGGUUUGUAUCAAGAGUAUGGAUUGGACAUGUUCAAACAUUUGAGAGGAGAAUUUGUGUUUUCCUUGUGGGAUUCAAAGGCUGGAAUUAUGAUCGUGGCAAAGGAUCGUUUUGGAAUCAAACCCUUGUUUUAUACGAAGGAUGAGAAGAGCGGAGCCAUGUUAUUUGCCUCAGAGAUGAACGCUUUCUUCGAGAUGGGAAUUAAGUGUGAGUGGGAUGAUCAAGAUUCUGUCGUGUAUCCAGGUUCCUUUGAUCAAAGAACGCUUUUCAAAAACAUCUAUCAACUUCCUCCUGGACAUUAUGCAGUCAUUCCACUCCAUGAUGUGAACAGUAUGAAAGUCUGUCGUUAUUGGGAUUUGGAUUAUCAAGAGAAGGAUCUCGUUGCAACAAAUAGAACUCAAGAAAAAACCGAAUCACAAGUCAUUCGUGAAAUGGUGGGAGUCUACCUUUCGGGUGGCAUUGAUUCCUGUGCCGUGUUGGGUCUCUCGAACAAGAUCCUUAAGGAACAUUUCAAAUCGGAUGGUUCCAUUGAUGCCUUUACCUUAUCAUUCAAGGAUCAUCCUGCAUUCGAUGAGGCCACCAUUGCCAAGAAACAAGCUCAGCUGAGUGGUGCGAAAUAUCAUGAAAUCCCAAUCACACAGCAAGAACUUGCAGAUCAUUUUGAAGAGGCGGUUUAUCAUUGUGAACGUCCUUGUAUUCAAACGAACUUUAUUGAAAAGUUUUUAUUGUCAAGAGCGGUUCGUGAGGCUGGUUAUAAGGUGGUGUUGACUGGAGAAGGAAGUGAUGAGACAUUCUGUGGAUAUCCAUGGUUCAAGAUUGAUCUCCUCAAUGACAGUCAAGCCUUGAAGCAACACGACCGCGAGGAAAUUAUCAAACUUUUAAUGGAAAAGAAUAUUGGAUUUAGAUUCAUGUUUACGUCUUUUCUAGCAUCCAACUCUGACUCUUCAAAACAAGAUCCAACCCACAAGCUCAUUGGAUUCCAACCAUCUUUCCUCUCGGUUUCAUUGACUGCACACUAUGAUCAAUAUUUGAAUUCACAUCUCACUCCUUCAGAAGAGGAGAAAGAAGGCAUGUUGAGAUAUCGAUUGAUUAAUUUAUUGGAUCCAGCAACAACGGACAAGAUGAAAAACAAGUGGAGCAAAGUACAUUCAAGCAUGUAUUUGUGGGCAAAAACAGUCUUUCAGACCUAUGUCCUUGUUCAUUUGGGUGAUUGUUGUGAGAUGGCUCACAGUGUGGAAGGUCGUGUUCCUUUCCUAGAUCAUCAUUUGGUCGAAUAUGUGAACAAUAUUCCGUUAGACCUCAAAUUGAAAGCCGAUCUUGAAAGAAAAGUACUCAUUGAAAAGUAUGCUUUGCGUGAAGCUACCAAAGAUGUUCUCACUGAAGAAGUGUAUCAACGAAUUAAGCAUCCAUUCACUUCACCUCCAUCCACAUGGAAUAAGCAAGGACCUAUGUAUCAACUCUUCCAAGAGACUUUAAGAAGCGCAGAUUUCGACAAACAGCCAUUCUUUGAUCGAAAGAAGGUCAUUCAAUUGUUAGAUACAGUCCAUGAGAGUGAAGAUCCAACCAUGUUGCAAGCCUAUGAUGGAUUGUUGACCCAAUUGACAGGUUUUGCAUUCAUGCAAAAGAGAUUUAAUCCUUCUCUACCUUCACCUUCAACAAUAACAAGAUGGCAUUAA